AUGAACGAUGAGGAGAGGCAGGCGGUGCUGUACCGAUCGGUGCGAGAAUUCCCCGACUACCCCUCCCCCGGGGUCACCUUCCGAGACAUCACUCCGAUCCUGAAGGACCCCGAGGCUCUGCGCUCCGCCAUCGAUCUGUUUGAGAGCCACUUACAGAGGAACUUCCCCCAGGUGGAUGUGAUCGCCGACUCUCGUGGUUUCCUGUUCGGUCCGGUCUUGGCACAGAGACUGGGAAUUGGCUUCGUAUUGAUUCGGGAAAAAGGGAAAACUUCCUGGACCCACCGAGUCCGUGUCCUACACCCUGGAGUAUGGAAAGGCAGAGAUUGAAAUUCAGUCGGAUGCUGUGGAUCCGGGACAGAAAGUUGUCAUCAUUGAUGAUCUGCUGGCUACAGGAGGAACCAUGAAAGCCGCAUGUGACCUCCUGCAACGGAAACACGCCGAGAUCCUGAGCUGUUUGGUGCUGAUUGAGCUGAAAUCCUUGAGAGGCGCAGAGAAGCUCCAACCACACCGAGUCCACUCCCUGAUCCAGUAUGACUGAGGAGGGACUGCUGGGGGUCCCGGAACUACGAGGACCUGACCGCCUCAU